CUUUGCUUAAGUUGAUAAUGCUGUUUCUGCUACAUAAUAAUGGCUACCACUUACUGAAAACAAGCUCUGUGCUAGCUUUAUAUCCAUAGAGAUGAAGAGAUGCAGUCUCAGAGAGCUCAACUAAUGGUCCCAGGAGCACACAGCUAGUUUGGUGGCAUUUCUAGGAAACCUAGAAUUGGAACUCAGCGCCCAACACCUCGCUCUUUCAGCAGUCCACAAGGUGCUUGAUUAUCAUCUUGCUACUUUUUUGGAUAUGUCAACACUUUUAUUAAAAAAUUCUCCCUUGAUCUGCAAAGAAUGCAUUCGUUGUUUUCUGAGUUCAGAGAAUGUAAAAAGUUGAGGCAACACAGAAUUUAAUGUUGAGUGUUUACUUUUGAUGUAAAUCUGAUACGUAUUUUUGAAGGGCUCUGACCCUCUGCAAGACAGACCAAAAGAACCUCCAAAUGAGGCAAGACGCACACAACCUGCGAACCAAGUCCUCAGCCAGCCCAUGUUACCGAAUGGGGGAGGGUCUGUACUCUGUUGCGGUCGUUAUCUGGAGAAUACGGCUGUGAGCCUCCCAGCCGCUCGCUCCCCCCAUCCCAGGUGCGCGUCCGCGGAGACCCAGCGCGGCUCGCGCGCAGGCGCGAGGUGGCGACGUUUCUCUGAGGCUGUGCUUCCCCGCCUGGCGCUCCGGUGUCCCCGAGUGGUUUCCCCCUUGGCUUCUUGUCCCACUCGCCCCGUACCCUGGGUCGCCGCUGCCCCUUCUCCAGGCCCUCUCCACUCCCUGCCCCGGCCAAGCCUGGCGCGGCCCCUCCCGGGUGACCCCGCGUUGCACCGUGCCCGAGCAAAGUCCCCGGGGGUGUGAACCCCGGCGUUCCUGCCCCUGGGCGGGGACGGGCGGCGGCCUUGCGGGAAGCCGAGGUGGCGAGCGCGCAGCCGACCCAGUCCACCGGCCCGAGCCCCGCAAGUCCCCCAGGAACUGGCGCCGCAAGUCCCCGCGUUGCUCAGCGCCGCCGCCAGGCCCGCCCGCUGCUCCCCUCACAGGCCGCCGCCGCAGCCAUGGCGGAAGUUCAUAGACGUCAGCAUGCCCGGGUUAAAGGAGAAGCCCCCGCGAAAUCCUCCACACACAGACAUGAGGAGGAGCUGGGGAUGGCGUCGGCCGAAACGCUGACCGUGUUCCUGAAGCUGCUGGCUGCCUGCUUUUACGGCGUGAGCUCCUUUCUCAUCGUGGUGGUCAACAAGAGCGUGCUCACCAAUUACAGAUUUCCCUCGUCGCUCUGUGUUGGACUUGGCCAGAUGGUGGCUACAGUGGCAGUUCUCUGGGUGGGAAAGGCGCUCAGAGUAGUCAAGUUUCCUGACCUUGACAGUAAUGUACCUCGGAAGACGUUUCCACUACCUCUACUAUAUUUUGGGAACCAAAUCACGGGACUGUUCAGCACAAAGAAACUGAACUUGCCAAUGUUUACAGUUCUGAGAAGGUUCUCUAUCCUGUUUACAAUGUUUGCUGAAGGAGUUUUACUCAAGAAGACUUUUUCUUGGGGUAUUAAGAUGACUGUAUUUGCAAUGAUUAUUGGAGCCUUUGUAGCUGCCAGCUCUGACUUGGCAUUUGAUCUGGAAGGAUAUGUUUUUAUUCUGAUAAACGAUGUCCUGACAGCAGCAAAUGGUGCAUACGUGAAACAAAAAUUAGAUUCCAAGGAGCUGGGAAAAUAUGGUCUGCUCUAUUACAAUGCACUGUUCAUGAUUCUGCCCACCCUGGCCAUUGCAUAUUUUACAGGAGAUGCACAAAAGGCAAUGGAUUUUGAAGGCUGGGCUGACACCCUCUUUCUUCUGCAGUUCACCCUCUCUUGUGUGAUGGGGUUUAUCUUAAUGUAUGCCACGGUACUCUGCACUCAGUAUAAUUCUGCUCUGACAACUACAAUAGUUGGCUGUAUUAAGAAUAUAUUAAUAACUUAUAUUGGAAUGGUCUUUGGUGGAGAUUAUAUUUUCACAUGGACAAACUUCAUUGGCUUAAAUAUCAGCAUUGCUGGGAGCCUGGUGUAUUCCUACAUCACUUUCUCUGAAGAGCAGCUGAGCAAACAGUCAGAGGCCAGUAACAAGCUGGACAUUAAGGGGAAAGGAGCCGUAUGACCAGAGGAUUGCUUGGACGAUGGAGGCCCGAGUGUUUGAUCAACUCGGAACACUGGCAGUUCUUACAGAGACUGAGGGGUCUUGAUUAUAGAGAAAAAUACCAUUCCUUUGCACUUACACAAUCUGAGGAUUGAUUGCUGCCUUUUAAUAUUUUAUGAGAGAAACUUAUAAUUGACUCUAUUUUAAAUAUGCCAUUUGAAUUAAUUUAUAUCAGACUGGAAAAUGCACCGGGCUUUUUAAUUUAUUUUUCUUUUGUACUGACAGUGAAACAUCAGUGUUUUGAAAAUACUUUAUUUCAUAGUUUGCUAUCCAGGUGUCCCUGAGAGCUGCAUAUAGACAGUGCUCCAACUGGAGCUUCAUCAUUCAAAUCAUUGCUGCGUCUCGAGGCAGUUUUUAGCCUUCCUCCUUCUGGAAAUGCAGCCAAGUAUCUGAAACUUCUCUUCUUGAAUUAGAUUUUGUAACGAUUGCAUUUUCUUCACAAGGAUACCGUCACCGCAUUUGCCAAAGAUGACAACUUUGGCACUAAAAAAAUAUAUGGGGCUUUGAAGUGUAUGGCUUUCCCUGUUGGCUUUCCUGAGGUCUUGUGGUAUGAGCACAGUGCAUUCCUUGAAAAUGUGCCAUUCCCUCUUUGUUGUGUUGGAUGGGGGUAAAGAAGGGAUGGAAGAAGUAGGUCUUUAAGUCCUUUAUUCAUCCAUCUGCUUCAUUCAUUCAACCUAAAUGUAUUGAGUACCUAAUAUGUGCCAGGCAUUGUACUAAGUGCUGGGGGUACAGAGAUGUUUGUGGAAGUAGUUAAGUGAUCUCACUCCUGCUAUAGUGAUCAAGAGUAAGACAGAGAACUUAGCUGUGUCGGUCCAUUCAGAAGACAUUGUGACUAUGAACAACACAGAACGUUUCUCAGUUCUCAGAACCUGCAAAUCUGUAAAGGGGGUUAAAAGCACCUGCCCUACCUACCCUACAACGGGGUGAAAGCAAACGCUGCAGUAUGAGGGCAUGCAUGUGAAGAGCUGCAUUUUGUAAACUAUGCAGCUCAGCCUUUCUCUGAGUGAGAAUGGCAGGCAGGCAAGGUGGCCACCAGCUAUUUCCCCAUGCUUCCCUUUUCUGGGUUUAGUUGCCACUCUUUUCACUCCUCUUUGAAUCAAUAUGAGUAGCUCUUGCAUUUCUGAAUAUAUUGGUUGGAGGGGAAAGGCUGGCUAUAUGUAGUGUCAAGGCUUGUUCUAGUUCUGGCAGUGUCAGUGUUAGAGGUGUCACCUUGCUUUCUCCUGAAAUAGCAUAAGUAUACCUCUCUCCUUUGGAUACUGCUGCCUACAUCCCAUGUAGUUUGGCUCACUUAAUGAGCAUGCCAGCUUCUCUCAAGACCAGUGGGGAGAGCUGUGAAUGGACAUUGUAUGAAUUGUCUCUUUGGGUGGGGUGGGUGUUAACUCAGACACAGUCCUGUGACUUGAGACAUCCGUUGACUUUGGGGAUGAGUGUUUGCUCAGGCCAGUUGUGCAGUGAGUAUACAAGAGGCUGGGUACCUUGCUGGUGCACACACCUUUUGUUUCACUGGGUUUAGAAUCCACUGGGCUCCUUUGACCUAAACAAUUAAUAUUUUGGUGCCUCAACAGGAGCCCUGGUAGGUUUUGAAUUUAUUUUUGAAGAAUUAUAUUGAGGUCAUUUUCAUAUUAAUGCUUUCCCCUUAUUUUGGUUUAUCUUUAUUAAAGCCUGGCCAAUGGUGCUGGAUCUCUAGAAUUAGCCUCACGACCAACUUCCAAGUUAUAAGCUCCAUGUAAGAGGUCCUAAGGAUCACUUUUUUCCAGUAUCAUCUGAUCUGAGAAAAUUCCAGUGGGAGACUAGGACCUUAUCUUGUGUCAGGUGGUUCUUACUAUCUGUUUUACUUAUGAGAAAACAAGAAAGAAAGUAGGUGAUUAGCUGAUGAGUCAAAAUUUGUAUUUUUUCCAUUGAACCAUGCUGCCAUUGAUUAACUGUCCUUCUCCUCUGGGGGAGUGAGGAAACGGGAAUACUAGCUGAGUUAGCUUGAGCUCUUUCAAGGAGGCAAGCAGUUGAUUGAAUUUGGGGUCAGAGGAAUAGGCCUUAUAAAUCAGGGAGAAUGAUGGGUCCCUCUGUAAACCAGAGCUUUUAUCUGACUUCCAGGCUGGCCUCUUGUGAUUCGCACUUCUGACUGUGACUAUUGCCUGGCACUGCCUGGUUUUAUGUGGGUACAGUGGAAAGCCAUUGUGAGAGCUAAUUUUAGCAGUUCUGUUCCUUCUAUUAGCCCCAAGAAGGAAGGAAUUUUGACUUUAGAAAUAAUUUGUAUUAUAGAACUUCUCAUCACGAAAGGCCUUUGGAUGUGUUUAGAGGUGUUGAGCUAGAACCCCAGCAGAAUGCACAUGACCUCAGGGCCCCUGGCCUCUGCUGAGCUUUCUGACUGACCACAAGCAACAGAACAACUUGCAGCUUCUGCCUGUCCAUGUUCUGAUUCCUGGAUGCCCCCUUCAACUGCCACCAACCUUUCAAGUAAGAGAAAGCAGCCUGGGGAAGUUGGAGAUUGAAUAAGCUGGCCAGCUAUUUUGGAGUUUGUUUGUUAUGCGCAGGCUUGGUUAUAUACACUAGAGAUUUAUCUAGUACUCUACACUGCCCAGAUGUCUGGAUUUUGCCCCAAGGUUGAUAUCUUACCAGGUGAAAAAUUCUUUGACCUAUUAACUUCCUCCUGGGAUGAAAAAGAGGCAGCUUAGAGUUGAAUCUUUAAUUUGCCCUGAGACAGAUGAGCUGUGGUAAGAAUUUUGAAAGCCAAAUUCUACGACUGCUGGCUCCCCUUUUUGAGUUAGUGACUGUGAAGUCUUUGGCCAGUCUGCUGUCAGUGUCAGAUCCAUUCAAGUAACCCUGGUGGGCCAACAUGUCAGGUGAUUUUUAAUUACCUCAUAUGGCUGCUGAUUUUGUGAGUCCAUCAUUUGUAGGAUCCAGCUUGCAUGUAGGUUAAAAAAAAAAAGUGCAUUUGCAAGUGUUCCAUAGUCCUGUUAUAUCAAGAAUCCAUGGGAAGUUCAGGUCAGUAAAGCUGAUAAAGUAUCUUCAUGGAAAGAAUAGCAGAGUUUUACACGACUGGUUUGGAAUUGUAGCCAGGAUUUGGGGCCUGGCAUUGGUCUUGUUACUGUGGCCUCAUUCAGUGAGCAAAGAUUUACCAAGCAUCUAUUUUAUGCCAGGCAUGAUGGUAAGUGUUUUGGGUGGCAGAUUAUGCUCAGAGACUGAGAUUGUUUCGCCAGUAUUUAACAUACAUUGUGGGAAAUUGUAAUAUUUCAUAAGCCAAUAGUAUAGAGAAUAAUGUCUCUUCAUAAGCCAAUAACAAAGAACAUACUCCAAAGCAAUGAUAGAUUAAUUACCCUAUGGUUCCAUGCAAGGGGAGGUGAAAGAAGUCCAAGUUUAGUUGAGUUGUACCUUUUCUACAAGGUUGGUUCUCGGGAGAGACAGCGUAACUAGCAGACAGCUGACUUCCAGCUGCUGGUGCAAAAACGAAAAACCCUUAUUGCUGGAGCACAUAGCUAGGGAAUGACAGCACCAGAGCUGGUGGGCAAGAUGUUCUCUGAGGGGCUGCUGCAGCCUCUCGCCACUGCUGACCAUGCACGAGCUGCUGGCCCGAAGGGCUUUG